UCGUGCAACGCACAAGAGACAGUUCGGGCGAAUUCAACAGCGCUACAAUUACCGUUCACCUAGAUAACAGAGUACAGUCAAAAAUAAGGUUAAAUGAUUUUACAAACUUGCAUAGAUACAUACAUAUGUAUGUACAUAUGUAUAUAGACUAGCAUGCAAAAACGGGAAUACCAAUGUAUGUGAUUAAUGCAAUUAACACUUUGAUAACUAUAUAAAUCGGUAAAAAGUCGCCUUGAAUGGUGAAUAGUGAAUUAUUUUUUAAACUGCUCAAUUCUAAACUAAAUUGGUGCAUUAUUUAUGUACUAUAUACAUUUGGAUAAAAACCGAAAUUAUGGAGCUCAUUUCAAAUGGAUAUUAAUAUGAUUUGACUCUACAACAACACCAAGUUAUAAACAAUUAUUAAUUUGGGUGUUGAAUAUGUUUCAGUAGUAUGCUUAACAUUCGGCAGCGAUUUGUUAGUGCUCAUCGAAACGAAUAGCAUGAAUUCAUGCUUCAGUGGAAUAGUUGCAAUCAGUGCUUAUCUCAUAAAAACACCGUUUUUGUUUUUGUUUCGUCCCACUUCGCUAGCCCAGUGUGGGUGAAAACAGAGGAAAAUUUUGAGCAAAACGGCUAAAGUAUGUUUGGCAUCGGCCGUCGCCCACCCGCGUCUAGCCGCUGGCGAAGUAGUGUGAUCCUUGCUCUGUCGCUUCUGCAAUUGUUAUCUGUGGCUUAUGCACAUUUUAUACAGAUCGAUAAUAAUGCUUUUCGCAAUAAUUAUUUCCCGCGUCCACCCAUUGACCCACCAGCGCCAGCGCCACCAUCAUUAGCUCAGGCAGAGCAGCUAACGCGUCACUUCGACGCUAGACAGCUGUCGCCAGCCGAACUCAUGGCGGAUUUGAGCAACGAUCUCACCUAUCGCAUGCUGCAUUACCACUCAAUACUCAACAGAAACAACUUCGCCUUCUCGCCUACUGCUCUGAUGAGUGUAUUAAUCGCCUUGUAUGAGGGUUCGGCAGGUCGGAGUGCACUGGAAUUGCACAAGGUACUGAUGCUGCCAAACAGUCGGGAUGUCAUUCGAGUGGGCUAUCGCGACAUCCAUCGGAAGUUAAGGACAUACUUUUUCGAGUCCGAGAACCCGCUCAAAGGUCUUAGCCUCAAUAAAGAUAAUGUAACCAUUACUCAUGGCUAUGAAGCUGUUCUGACAUUUUAUGGCUAUGAUUUGGGAAUGGAUAUGGUAUCGUCCACAGUCUCUUCGCCAUCUUCUACAACACCCAUUGCGAAUAUAACGGAUGAAAUAACUAAAGCGACAACAACAAGCAGUCCAAAAACAUACACAACGAGCAUUCCAAAUAACACCAUGGAGGACAAUACUGAGAAAAUAACGACGAAAGAAAAUGAUAUAAACACCACAACAAAACCAGAAAAAACAUCUACUACCCCAACUACAACCACAGAAACAGAAACUACGGUAAUUAGUACAACACCUGAAGACACAACAACGGAAAAGAUAACUACGUCAACAGAAACGUUGACUACCGAAAAGAUUACCACAGUGACACCACCAACAACAACAACAGCAAUAACUGAAGAAAGUACCACCGAAACAAAUGAUGAAACAACAACAAUAACUAACGCACCAAUUACGGAAAUUAAUGAAGACGUGGCCGAAUUUGUACCUGCAAUACCCAUUGAACUUAACACGAGUCCAUUUCAGCGGUUACAGAAGGUGCGACCAAUACAUACGCCAAGCUCUAAACUUCAAGCACCUAUUUCACCAAUUUCUACACCGAAACAUAACUACCUGCCACAAUAUGCACGUUCGCGCAGUGGUCGACACAAACGUCAUUCGUCCGGUUUUAAAGAGAUGGACACCAAUCUGUUCGUCACGCUAUUUAGUCCUCAGCCCGCGCUGCACCAUGACUUCUAUGCAAUAACUCAGCCAAUAACUGGGUCGACCGCACUGGGACAAUAUACUGGUGAAUUCGAUGUCGAAACUUUAGAUACACGACUUUUAAAAGUGGCUAAUGGCCGAAGCAAUUAUGGCUACAAUACCGAUGUCAUAAGUCACGUAUUCUACUUGGGAAGUCAACAAUUGGUGCACACCACGUUUAAGGUCUAUAACGCAGUGUUGUAUUUUAAAUAUUUUGAAGAUCUAAAAAUGAGCGCUCUCGAACUAGAAUUAGACACACCGGAUUAUAAUUUAAUCAUUCUACUACCAGAUUCUCCAGUAGAUCUAAUAUCCACCACGGCUUCACUUGGCUUGACCCCAUCUUUGCGGCUGAUGAGAAAACAACUAAAACCUAGAUGGGUUCAAGCGAUUAUUCCAGACUUUAAAUUACAUGGAACAAUAUUUCUAACCAAUGACCUUCAAAACAUGGGUGUAUGUGAUAUAUUUGAGCCAAAUCGUGCCGAUUUCCGUCCCAUGACAGAUGAGAAGGCUAUCUAUGUGAAGCACAUUGAACAAUCGAUCAAUGUCAAUAUAAGAACACAUCCAAUAAACCAGUUAAAACGCAAUUAUGGACCACAGACAUCACCCAUUCAGAUAUCUGUAAACCAUCCAUUUCUAUUUUUUGUAAUCGAUCGGGACUUGGAUGUUGCUGUAAUGGCCGGUCGUAUCUUAAACCCUUUGAAUGUGCGAAUACAGUAAUGCUAAUAAGUAAAAAUACAUACAUAUAUAUAUUUAUAUUCUGUACAAAUCUAUUGCAAUAUCAAUUGUCGCACUUUUUACAGAUGUAGUCAGUUUUGGAGAUUAUGCAACAAUGGUGGAUACAUUUAAUAAUAGGUAUAUUAAUUAUUGUAAUUUAACUAAAUUUUCUCAUUAGCGA